AUGGAGUUUGGUCGGGAUCAUGGUGAUCAUUGCGGCAAGGUGAGGAAGGAGGAGGGGAGGACGCGAAGGGAAGACGAUAGAAAUGUCGCGGGGGGUGUGGGGAGGGGGGGUGGGCGGGAGAGAUUCGUCGAAACGAUCGGGGACGGCGUCCAUCGGGGGACGUCGAUGGGUUACGAGUCCGAUUCGAGCGGUGAAAGUGAAAAUUACGGAGGGGGGAGGAGGCAAAGAGGGAAGGAGAGAAAGAAUUCGAGCGUGGUGGCCGGGUCCACCACGGCUUUCACGAUAGAUAAUAUUCUUGGGAGGCGCGAGAAGAGGAAGAAGAGGAAGAAGGACGUGGUGCGCGUCGAUUCGAAUUGUCCCGAGGGGGGCAGGGAAGAGGAGCAGGAAGAGGAGGAGGAUGAGGAGGAGGAGGAGGAGGAGGAGAAAGAGAAAAUGGAAGGGAGUCAGUUUAUCGGAUCUAACGCCGUAUCGGCUACUAAUUCGGCUUUGUACCCAGCUGCAGGAUUCUCCUACUCGGAGAUGGCCCUCUCGGAUCCCGGUUAUUCGGCGACGUCUCUCGCUUCUGCGUCCAUUUUGUACAACAGUUGGUUCGCCCAGUCGAAACCCGGUCAACUUUUCGGCCUGCAAGCGCCGAAACCGAGCGGAAGACGGUCCAGGAAGCCGGGCAUCGACAGGAAACCGCGGCAAGCGUACAGCGCGAAACAAUUGGAGAGGCUCGAGGCCGAAUUCAAGAUCGACAAGUAUUUGAGCGUGAGCAAACGAAUGGAGCUGUCCAAGUCUUUAAACUUGACCGAGGUACAGAUAAAAACGUGGUUUCAAAAUCGUCGCACCAAAUGGAAGAAGCAGCUUACCUCGAGAUUAAAAAUCGCUCAGAGGCAAGGACUUUUCCCGCCAACCUACUUUCCGCCGGCACAGUAUCCCCUGUUACCCUAUUACACCGCUCCCCUCGUCUUUGGAAGCCCAACGUCGGAUGAUAUCAACGCGAUGACGAUGUCGAUACCUCCACGACCGGUAUCGUCGUCGGAUACCCUGUAAAAGGAUAUACACGAUCACUUGAGUCGUCGGAUGAGGUGACAGGAUAAACGUGACGUUUAAUAGAACUCUUCUAUAUUUCCUAUAAGAUCUCGCAAAAGAGCGGUGAGUGAGAGGAAUUAUAUUAUUCGAUGAAAAAAACAAAAGUUGGUAAAAUUGAAGAAAAAUAAUAAUUUCAUUUUUGAUACAUCCUUUCAUAAAUAUAUUCGAGUGCGUUUAUUUAUGGAUAUUUGAUUGAAUUAAUUCACGAAUUAAUAGCUUUCGACAUACAAUACAACUUUGCUUAAAGUGUUUCGUGCUGUUUAUAUAUCGCAAAUAGCAUUAGCUUGCUUUAGCGUAGCGUAGAAUCGCGCACAUUGUAGAGCAGAGAAUAUCUAUAUUUUCCACGUCUUAAAGAUUAAGACGAUAAAAGUGUGUUUCUGUACGGCAUCCCGUAUCUCGUUUGUAAUAGAGUAUAUGGGACAAGGAGGGGAAAUGGUAGGAGAAGGACAGAGAUAAGGUAAAAAUACCGAAAUCAGCGCCAUCUUCAGAGUGCCGUAAAUGAAACUCAAUGUAUAAGGACAGAAAAUAGUUGGAGAAGGAUAGGAAAUAGGAUAAAAUUGACCACCAGCGCCAUCUCUCGAUAUUAUAGAUAUCUCUUUUAAAAAUAGUUUCUAAUAAUUCUUCAGAGAUGGCGCUGAAUCUAAAUUCUCACCUUAUCUUAUUCAACUUUUAAAAAGAUAUCUUCGACAAUCGAGAGAUGACGCCAGUAGUUAAUUUUAUUCUAUCUUUAUCCUAGUGUUUUUUUUAUCCUUGUAUAUUGAGUUUUAUUGGUGAUACUCUAGAGAUGGCGUUGAUUUCGCUAUUUUUACUCUAUUUCUGUUCUUGUCUAUAGUUACUCGUGAUUACAUCAAGUAUAGAAUAUCAACAUGGAAUAUCGAACAUCAUCGUUUUCAUUGUUUCUUUUUAAACGAUAUAUCUAAUAUGUCUUAAUCUUUGAUAUAAAAAAUAUGGAUGUUAUUUUCUCGACUUUACAAUGUAUCUUUAAGACGACGAUCUCGCAAAACAUAAUAUUCUGAUAUACGUGUGAAAUAACAGUGAAUCUACCUUACUUUACGUUGUCGUAUUUUAUCUUACGCUAUCGUUAUUUUAUGCAACGAAGAAACGUAUAUAUCAUAACAUAUUUCUUUACUGAUAAUUUUCGCUAAUUAGAUAUUCAACUGUAAAAUAUAAAUUUAUGUUGUUAAAAAUGCAUAAGAUAAAAAUUUUGUGUACAUAA